GGGAGACGCCCGCCGAUGGCUGGUUUCGGAGGAAAAAGGGGGAAAAAAAAGCACGCAGGUGCGAGGGGCAUGCGUGCCCAUCGUCGGCGGCGUCCGGGCUCCGGGAGCGGCGAGAUGCUGCGGGAACGCACGCUCCGGCUGCAGUACGGGACCCGCAUCGAGGCCCUGUGCGUGCUGGGCACCCGCAUCUCCGCCGAUGUCUGCGGAGCGGCUCCGGCCGGCGCGGUCUCCUUCAGCCUGAAGCACACGGAAGCGGUGGACGUGGAGGUCGUCACCGGGGAGCGAGCGGAGGCGGCGCCGGGGAACGGGGGGCCGCGGUGGCCCCUCGAGGAGGGGACGGUGCUGAGACUCAGCAUGAGCCGAGCCAGCGCGGAGGUCAACGACAACAAGGUCACCGUGAGCUACUACGGAGAAGGAGGAGGACAGCCCAUCGACCAAGCCGGGGUCUUCCUCACGGGCAUCGGGAUCUCGCUGGACGUCGAUGCCGAUCGGGAUGGAGUGGUGGAGAAGAACAACCCCAGGAAGGCAACCUGGACGUGGGGCCCGGAUGGGCAGGGGGCCAUCCUGCUCGUGAACUGCGACAAGGAAAGCCCUUUCACUCCUGCGCUGGACUGCGAUGACGAAAGAGUGUUCAGCAAAGAAGAUUUGCUGGACAUGUCGCGGAUGGUCCUGAGGACCGAAGGCCCGCAGAGACUCCCCCGGGGAUACGAAAUCCUUCUCUACGUUCCCGUCUCGGACGCUGACAAAGUCGGGGUCUUUUACGUGCAGAAUCCCUUCUUCGGGCAGCGCUACGUCCACGUCCUGGGCAGGCGGAAGCUGUACCACGCCGUGCAGUACACGGGCGGCCCCGCGGAGCUGGAGUUCUUCGUGGAGGGACUCCGCUUCCCCGACGACAGCUUCCCCGGGCUCGUCUCCAUCCACGUCAGCCUCCUGGAGUCCCUGGCCGAGGGCAUCCCCCACGCGCCCAUCUUCACCGACACCGUGGCGUUCAGGGUAGCGCCGUGGAUCAUGACGCCCAACACGCUGGCGCCGGUGGACGUUUUCGUCUGCAGCGUGAAGGACAACUACCUCUUCCUCAAGGAGAUAAAGAACCUAGUGGACAAAGCCGGCUGCAAGCUGAAGGUUUGCUACGGCUACAUGAACCGCGGGGACCGCUGGAUGCAGGAUGAAGUUGAGUUUGGCUACAUCCACGCUCCUCACAAAAGCUUCCCGGUGGUGCUGGACUCCCCCCGAGACGGAGGGCUGAGGGAUUUCCCCAUCAAGGAGCUGCUGGGCCCAGACUUCGGCUACGUGACCAGAGAGCCCCUGUUCGAGGCAGUCACCAGCCUCGACUCUUUCGGGAACCUGGAGGUCAGCCCGCCGGUGACCGUCGGCGGGAAGGAAUAUCCCCUGGGGAGGAUCCUCAUCGGGAGCAGCUUCCCCACAUCUGCGGGGAGGAGAAUGACGAAAGUGGUGCGGGAUUUCCUCUACGCCCAGCAAGUGCAGUCCCCCGUGGAGCUCUACUCCGACUGGCUCACCGUGGGCCACGUCGACGAAUUUGUCACCUUCGUGCCCAGUCCCGGCGCAAAGGGAUUUCGGAUGCUCAUGGCCAGCCCCGCGGCGUGCUACAAGCUGUUUCGGGAGAAGCAGAAGGAGGGCCGGGGCGAAGCCACCAUGUUCAAAGGCUAUUCCAGGACUGACACCAAGCGGGUCACCAUUAAUAAAGUCCUCUCCAACGACACUAUGGUGCGACAGAACCAGUACGUCCAGCGCUGCAUCGACUGGAACAGGGACAUCCUCAAAAAAGAGCUGGGCUUGACAGAAAGCGAUAUCAUCGAUCUGCCGGCCCUCUUCAAGAUGGACGAGGAGGGCAAGGCCGUGGCGUACUUCCCUAACAUGCUAUGUCGGGGAGCACAGACAGCAGCGGCAGCCGCUCCAGCUUCGCAGGCAGCACCGCGUAUCAAGAAAUUUGCCAUCUACAGGUGGGAUCCCGAUAAGCCCGGGGACAAGCCCCGCAUGCAGACUUACGAAGUGGAUUUGAAUAAGUGUGGGCCUAUGGUACUUGAUGCUCUGAUCAAGAUAAAAAAUGAGAUGGACUCCACUCUGACCUUCCGCAGAUCAUGUAGGGAAGGCAUCUGUGGUUCUUGUGCCAUGAACAUUGCUGGAGGAAACACACUGGCCUGCACCAAAAGAAUUGACACUGAUCUCGGCAAGAUCACUAAAAUCUACCCUCUCCCCCACAUGUACGUGGUGAAGGAUCUUGUUCCAGACUUGAGUAACUUCUAUGCACAGUAUAAAUCCAUUGAGCCUUACCUGAAGAAGAAGGAUGAGUCGAAACAGGGCAAAGCGCAGUACCUGCAGUCCAUAGAAGACCGUCAGAAACUGGACGGACUCUACGAGUGCAUUCUGUGUGCCUGCUGCAGCACCAGCUGCCCCAGUUACUGGUGGAACGGGGACAAGUACCUGGGCCCUGCGGUCCUGAUGCAGGCCUACCGCUGGAUGAUUGACUCCAGGGAUGACUACACAGAGGAACGCCUGGCACAGCUUCAGGACCCGUUUUCUCUCUACCGUUGUCACACUAUCAUGAACUGCACGAGGACUUGCCCCAAGGGCUUGAACCCUGGCAAAGCAAUUGCCGAGAUCAAGAAAAUGAUGGCGACGUACAAAGAGAAGGCAGCCGCCGCGUAAUGCUGGCCCCCGAGUGGAAGAGGAACACACAAAUGUGCUUUACCUGGAAGGAAUUUAUAUCUGAUUUAGGAAAAGAAGGUUCCAACAGGGAGCUGAUUUGUUUGUUUCCAUAAGUUUGCAUAUACAAUAAAUACUGUAAAGAACGAA